AACACCAUUGACAUUUGACGCGUUUAUCUCGUGAACACUGACAAAAAACGAAUUUUUGUCCGUGUAAUCGUGAAGAUAAAUGUCAAUUGAUAUUAUUUAUUAUUGUUAAACGGCCUUUAAGAUUUUACAAAUUACAAUUCGCAUGGUGGACGCUGGACCGUGGACGUAUUCACUAAUCAGCUUGUCACUUGUCAGUUUCCAUCACGUCCGCAGUUGCGGACCGAUUAGAAUAUUGUAUGUCAAUUACUAUUAUUCUCCACGUUACGAAGUUUAAAAUUAAGCUCUCGUGCCGUGCUAUUUGUGAAAAUCGUUAAUAAUUCAUGGAUUGACACGACCGCUGAACUAACUCGAUAAUUAUGGCUGCCAGUGACUCAAAGGCGCCAAUCCGAACUGUCAAACGGGUGCAGUUCGGUAUAUUAUCGGCGGACGAAUGCCGGCGUAUGUCUGUUACCGAAGGGGGCAUUCGUUUUGCAGAGACGAUGGAAGGCGGACGCCCCAAACUUGGUGGGCUCAUGGAUCCCCGACAAGGUGUUAUUGAUCGCUUCUCAAGAUGUCAAACAUGUGCAGGUAAUAUGACCGAAUGUUGUGGACAUUUUGGCCAUAUUGAACUGGCUAAACCAGUAUUUCACAUAGGAUUUCUAACCAAAGCCAUAAAAAUUCUACGUUGUGUCUGCUUUUACUGUUCCAAAUUAUUAGUGAGCCCUACUCAUCCAAAAGUAAAAGAAAUUGUUAUGAAAUCAAAAGGACAACAGAGAAAACGUUUAGCUUUUAUUUAUGACCUAUGUAAAGGCAAAAAUAUUUGUGAAGGAGGUGAUGAACUAGAUAUCAAUAAAGAUAAUGUUAAUGAUACAACUAUGCCCCCAAAAAAACAAGGUCAUGGUGGUUGUGGUCGUUAUCAACCAACUAUAAGGCGUGUGGGUUUGGAUUUAACAGCAGAAUGGAAGCAUGUCAAUGAAGAUUCUCAAGAGAAAAAAAUACCGCUUACAGCCGAAAGAGUUUAUGAAAUUUUAAAGCACAUUACUGAUGAAGAGGUUGUGAUUAUGGGCAUGGACCCUAAAUUUGCUCGCCCUGAUUGGAUGAUAUUGACAGUAUUACCUGUUCCUCCUUUACCUGUACGUCCAGCAAUUGUUAUGUUUGGUUCAAUGAGAAAUCAAGAUGAUUUAACUCAUAAAUUAUCUGACAUAAUAAAAUGUAAUAAUGAAUUAAUUCGUAAUGAACAGUCUGGUGCUGCUACACAUAUUAUAGCUGAAAAUAUUAGAAUGUUACAAUACCAUGUAGCAACUUUGGUUGAUAAUGAUAGUCCUGGCUUACCAAGAGCAAUGCAAAAAUCUGGAAAGCCAUUAAAAGCUAUUAAAGCUCGUUUAAAAGGUAAAGAAGGUAGAAUCCGAGGAAAUUUGAUGGGAAAGCGUGUAGAUUUCUCUGCUCGUACUGUUAUAACACCUGAUCCAAAUUUACGAAUUGAUGAAGUUGGUGUACCUCGUACUAUUGCUCAAAACAUGACAUUUCCAGAGAUUGUUACUCCAUUUAACAUUGAUCAAAUGUUAGAAUUGGUUCGUCGUGGUAAUUCACAGUAUCCUGGAGCUAAGUACAUUAUACGUGAUAAUGGUGAAAGAAUUGAUUUACGUUUCCAUCCCAAACCAUCAGAUUUACAUUUGCAAUGUGGUUAUAAAGUUGAAAGACACAUAAAAGAUGGUGACUUGGUAGUUUUUAAUAGACAGCCUACUCUACAUAAAAUGAGUAUGAUGGGUCAUAGAGUCAGAGUCUUGCCUUGGUCUACAUUUAGAAUGAAUUUAAGUUGUACGUCUCCUUAUAAUGCUGAUUUUGAUGGUGAUGAAAUGAACCUUCAUGUUCCUCAAUCUAUGGAAACAAGAGCUGAAGUAGAAAAUAUUCAUAUUACUCCUAGGCAAAUUAUUACUCCUCAAGCUAAUAAACCUGUAAUGGGAAUUGUACAAGAUACAUUGACAGCCAUCAGGAAAAUGACAAAAAGAGAUGUGUUUAUUGAGAAGGAACAAAUGAUGAAUUUAUUAAUGCAUCUUCCCAUCUGGGAUGGAAAAAUGCCAACUCCUUGUAUUUUAAAACCAAAACCAUUAUGGACCGGAAAACAACUUUUUUCUUUAAUUAUCCCUGGAAAUGUCAACAUGAUACGAACUCAUUCCACUCAUCCUGAUGAAGAAGAUAAUGGUCCUUACAAAUGGAUAUCACCUGGUGAUACAAAGGUAAUGGUUGAGCAUGGUGAGUUGGUAAUGGGAAUAUUAUGUAAGAAAACUUUAGGUACAUCAGCUGGAUCAUUGCUUCAUAUAUGUAUGUUAGAAUUGGGCCAUGAAGUAUGUGGAAGGUUUUAUGGUAACAUUCAAACUGUGGUUAAUAACUGGCUUUUAUAUGAAGGCCAUUCAAUUGGUAUUGGUGAUACUAUUGCUGAUCCCCAAACUUAUUUGGAGAUUCAAAGAGCAAUUAAAAAAGCCAAAGAAGAUGUAAUAGAGGUAAUUCAAAAAGCACAUAAUAUGGAUCUUGAGCCAACACCGGGUAACACUCUUCGUCAGACUUUUGAAAAUCAAGUAAACAGAAUUUUAAAUGAUGCUCGUGACAAAACUGGAGGUUCUGCUAAAAAAUCUUUAACUGAAUACAAUAGCCUUAAAGCUAUGGUAGUAUCUGGUUCUAAAGGUUCAAACAUUAACAUUUCUCAGGUUAUUGCUUGUGUAGGUCAACAGAACGUAGAAGGGAAACGUAUACCAUUUGGUUUUCGUAAACGUACUUUGCCACACUUUAUUAAAGAUGAUUAUGGACCAGAAUCAAGAGGCUUUGUAGAAAAUUCUUAUCUAGCUGGUUUAACACCUUCAGAGUUUUACUUCCAUGCUAUGGGAGGUCGUGAAGGUCUUAUUGAUACUGCUGUGAAAACUGCUGAAACAGGUUACAUCCAAAGACGUUUGAUCAAAGCUAUGGAAUCUGUUAUGGUCCACUAUGAUGGAACUGUACGUAACUCUGUUGGCCAAUUAAUUCAGUUGCGUUAUGGAGAAGAUGGUCUUUGUGGAGAAGCAGUAGAAUUUCAAAGUAUUGCUACUAUAGAACCAUCACACAAGAAAUUUGAAAAUGAAUUUAAAUUUGAUGUUUCAAAUGAAAGACAUAUGAGAAAAAUAUUCACUGAAGAUGUUUUAAAAGAGAUGAUGGGUAGUAAUGAUACUGUAGCUGAAUUAGAAAAAGAGUGGGAACAAUUAAAUAAUGACAGAGAUACUCUAAGAGAAAUAUUCCCUUCUGGUGAAAGCAAAGUAGUAUUACCUUGUAAUUUAAAACGUAUGAUUUGGAAUGUUCAAAAAAUUUUCCACAUUAAUAAACGAGGACCAACAGACUUAAAUCCUAUAAAAGUUGUAAAUGGAGUUAAAAAGUUAUUAGACAAAUGUGUUAUUGUAGCUGGUGAAGAUGAGUUAAGCAAAAAAGCUAAUAAAAAUGCUACUUUAUUGUUUCAAUGUUUAGUGCGUUCUACUUUAUGCACUAAAUUAGUAUCUGAAAAUUUCCGUCUUUCUUCUGAAGCAUUUGAGUGGUUAGUUGGUGAAAUUGAAAACAGAUUUAAACAAGCUCAGGCACAACCUGGCGAGAUGGUUGGAGCAUUAGCUGCUCAAAGUUUAGGAGAACCUGCUACUCAAAUGACACUGAAUACUUUUCAUUUUGCUGGUGUAUCUUCUAAAAAUGUAACCUUAGGAGUACCUAGAUUAAAGGAAAUUAUUAAUAUUAGUAAAAAGCCUAAAGCACCAUCACUAACUGUAUUUUUAACCGGAGCAGCUGCGAGAGAUGCAGAAAAGGCCAAAAAUGUAUUAUGUCGCCUUGAGCAUACAACAUUGAGAAAAGUCACAGCAAAUACAGCUAUUUAUUAUGAUCCUGAUCCUCAAAAUACAGUUAUUAGAGAAGAUCAAGAGUUUGUAAAUGUAUAUUAUGAAAUGCCUGAUUUUGAUCCUACGAGAAUUUCUCCAUGGUUGUUGCGAAUUGAAUUGGAUAGAAAAAGAAUGACUGAUAAAAAAUUGACUAUGGAAGCAAUAUCUGAAAAGAUCAAUGCAGGAUUUGGUGAUGAUCUUAAUUGUAUAUUUAAUGAUGACAAUGCUGAUAAAUUAAUUCUACGUAUACGUAUUAUGAAUGGCGAAGAUGGAAAAAUGAAUGGUGGUGAUGAUGAAGACACUGUUGAUAAAAUGGAAGAUGAUAUGUUCUUGAGAUGUAUCGAAGCAAACAUGUUAUCUGAUAUGACUUUACAAGGUAUUGAUUCUAUUGGAAAAGUGUAUAUGCAUUUGCCACAAACCGAUUCCAAAAAGAGAAUAAUUAUUACGGAUACUGGAGAAUUUAAAGCAAUUGCUGAUUGGUUGUUAGAAACUGAUGGUACAAGUUUGAUGAAAGUAUUAAGUGAAAGAGAUGUUGAUCCUGUGAGAACAUUUUCCAACGAUAUUUGUGAAAUAUUUUCGGUUUUGGGUAUUGAAGCCGUACGUAAGUCAGUCGAAAAAGAAAUGAAUACUGUAUUGCAGUUCUAUGGCUUGUACGUAAAUUAUCGUCAUUUAGCAUUAUUGUGCGAUGUUAUGACAGCCAAAGGCCAUUUAAUGGCCAUUACUAGACAUGGUAUUAAUAGACAAGAUACAGGAGCGUUAAUGAGAUGUUCAUUUGAAGAAACAGUCGAUGUUUUAUUAGAUGCUGCUUCACAUGCUGAAGUUGACCCAAUGAGAGGUGUAUCUGAAAACAUUAUUAUGGGACAAUUGCCUAGAAUGGGAACAGGUUGUUUUGAUUUGCUUUUGGAUGCUGAAAAAGCUAAAGAUGGUAUAGAAAUACCUAUGGAUAACGGUUAUAUGGGUAUGGGUGGUGGUGGUAUGUUUAUGGCUGCUGGCACACCUUCUAUGUCACCAGCUAUGACUCCAUGGGAUCAAACAUCCACACCAAUUUAUCAAAAUAGCUGGUCUUCAAGUUUGGAAACUGGUAUGACUCCUGGAGGACCUGGUUUUUCACCAGCAGGAUCAAGUGAAGCUAGUGGAACUUCUCCUUUCUGGAUGUCCUCUGGAGGAACCCCGGGUAGUCCUGGAUCUCCAGGCAUGGCCACUAGUCCUUAUGUGCCUAGCCCUAGUUCCAUGUCACCGAACUAUAAUUAUCCUUCUAGCCCACAGUUUGGAUCUUUAUCACCUUCUAUGACUCCAACUAAUUAUUCACCAACAAGUCCUCAAUAUUCUGCUACACAACAAAAUACUCCAAAAUAUUCCUCAAUGUCUCCAAACUAUAAUUAUUCCCCAACAAGCCCGUCGUAUUCACCUACUAGCCCUUCGUACUCUCACACUUCAUAUUCUCCGACAAGUCCUUCCUAUAGCCCAACAUCUCCAUCAUAUAGCCCUACGUCUCCAUCUUACAGUCCGACGUCUCCGUCAUAUAGCCCAACAUCUCCAUCUUAUAGCCCAACAUCUCCAUCAUACAGCCCUACCAGUCCUUCAUACAGCCCUACAUCUCCAUCUUACAGUCCCACAUCUCCAUCAUACAGUCCGACUUCACCAUCGUACAGCCCUACAUCACCAUCUUACAGUCCGACAUCACCUUCGUAUAGUCCGAGCUCUCCACAAUAUGCAGCAUCUUCCCCAUCGUAUACACCUAGUGCUGCUUCAUCUGGGGCCAGUAAUUAUAAAUAUUCGCCCACUUCGCCAUCAGUUGCUGUUAGUCCUACAUACUCCCCUACCAGUCCAAUGUACUCUCCUUCAAAUGCUUCUUACUCUCCAUCUUCUUUACAACACACACCAAAUGCUGGAGGUACACAAUAUAAUCAGUCAUAUAGUCCCAGUUCGCCUGUAUAUUCACCUACCAAUUUUUCGAUGGCAAGUCCCAGGUAUUCUCCUACUUCGCCAACUUAUUCACCUGGUGUUGGGAGUCCACAUUAUUCACCAUCAUCGCCCAGCUAUUCACCAACGUCUCCAAAUUAUAGUGGACCAGAUGAGCCUUAAGAAAACCCAUAUUCUUAUUAUUUUUAUUUUUUUUUUUUUUUUUUUAAAGGACAGAGGGUAUACAGUAACUUCAAUGUGAAGAAUAAAAUUUAUUUUACUUUUUUAAGUUAAGAUAUGCUGUAAUCUUAUAUAUAUUUUUUUGUGUA